AUGGAUGUGAUUUUGAUUGAAGUACUGGGUAGUGUGGAGCGACAACCACUGAGUAAGGCAGAGAAAGAGGAAUGCCUUAAAAUACUCGAGGAAUCAUUACAAUCUAGCACUAAGAACUAUGAUGAUUACUUUAGCUCACGGCCUUCGGUUGGGACUAUAGCAGAAGAUGUUGCCGAGGUGGACGCACAAAUAUCUUUAUUCGAGAGGCAAUUAAAAAAUCAAUUAGUGGGGGGGAAGGACAUGGUUCUGAACAUAUUGCUGAACAAUAAUAAUAAUGCUAAAUUAAAGGAAAUUCAGAAAGAACUGGAGCAACUGUGGGAAAUAGAUAAUAAUGGGCCAGAAGCGGAAAAUUUCGAAAGGUCAGCACCAUCUGUGGAUGACUUUCUGGGAGACGAUAAGCCUACUGCUGAGAAGCAGGACGACGAGUUUCAUAGAGCAGUAAAGAGAUUGAAGGAAAGGGCUAAGAAAGAGAGCGAUAGUCAUAAUUCUUCCGGUAAUCUAGCAAUGGUACUGGAGAACUUAAGCAACAUCACAGGUCUCAUGGAAUUGCCAUUCUUAGCAAGAACUUGCAUUAAGACGGGCCACUAUCAAGAAGCCCUCAUGCUGUACACUUAUUCAAAAUCGCUACUGUUGAAUUUUCCCAGUUCCUCAAUAGUUCAAGACAUAUGUGCAAAUAUAUCUAAGGAGACUCAAACCACGAUGCUGAGUGGACUAGUUGAGCUUUUAUCCACCAAUGUUACGGUGAUAUCCCUGAAAAAAAUUGUAAACUACCUGGUGUCCAUACCACCUUUCGACGUUCCAAAAAAAGACACACUUCUGCGAGUCUAUCUGCAUAUGAGAUUCAAGUUCAUCCAGAGUCAAUUGGAUCGCUUCUCCAUUGUCGCAAAUGCGAAUAACGAUUCACUUGCCGAAAUGAUGGUUAAAAGGAAAAUUGAAGUCCUCAGAGAACACAUACACAUGUCUAUCAGCGUUUUCAUUGAUACGAUACAGCUCGAAACACAACCACUGUCUAUACCGCUAUACCAAGUCAUAGCAGACAAUACGAACGUCAAGCCAUUGCCAACUAAUCCCUUUAUACUGGAGUUCAUUAGCAAUUGUAUGAACUGUCUGUUGCAAGACCUUAUAGAGGCAAACCUUCAAGGCAAGUUGAAUGAAUCCGUGUGUCUCCAGCUAGUAUACUGCUCUUUUCGAUUACAUGAUAUGAAUUUCAAUUAUCACUCAUUGUUCUUAAAUAAAAUUUACGAGUCAGAUAUCUUUACAGUUGAUUCACUUAAAAAUGCCAUUGAAAAGAGGCGAGAGCUUCAAAUCAAGUAUUCACAGUGA